AUGCUCUUUUAAAAUUAUCACAACAACUAAAAUCCUUAAUUUGAUAAGUAAAUACUAACACCAAUUAAUUAAUUUUGGUAUAUAGAAGUAAUUGCUCGACCUGAUUUAAUAAUUUCUACAAAUACUCCUGAGUUUGAAUAUUUGAUAUCUUUGGCAUUAUGCAUAUUAUUCUAUAUGAUUCCUCUGUUUUUACUUGUUGAAUAGAAACGUAAUGAUGAUGCUAAAAAAAGAAAAAACAAAUUUUAACUUUAUGUUAAUUUAAGUUCAAUUUUAUUUUAACUUCAACCAAUAUACUUAUAGAUUCCUUUGUGUUCUUUAUGCUUUAAGUCAUUAUCUUAUAAUUUUGAUUAAAAUAUGAAUAUAAAGAGUAGUUAUAUAAACAUAAUACUGGCCAUAAUCACUUUGAUAAUUUUAUGUACAUUGAAUUUUUUAACUUUUCUACUUUGCAGAGAAUCAAUAGAUUUUGAUUUAAAUAGUUUUUUGACAUUAAAGUUAACCUUUAUUGAUUUUGUUAUUUGGAUUACAAGUAUUUUUCAAAUAAUUGUAUAUUAUCAUUUACCAAAAUUUAAUGAAUCUAUCUAAGCAAUAUUAUUGUUACUUAUAUCCUUAAUGAUACUUAUUAAUACUUUUAGUCUAAUAACUUGUUUAAACAAUAUAAUCAAAAUAUAAAUUACAUUUGCUUCCUAUUCAUUAAUUCAAUCAAUUUUGAUAUUAACCAAUCUUUAAUUGAAUAUCUCCUUAUAUAUUAAUGUCUUACUCUAUAUAUUGGUUCCAUUGCUUAAUUAUUUAUUAAUGAAAGUUUAUAACUUAUAUGAUUUUAAAAUCUCAACAAAUACACUACAAUUUUCAAUAACUCAUUACAAGUAUGUGCUUUCUAAAUUUUUUAAUGAAGAAUUCUCUUCCUAUACACAAAAGAUUAUUAUCUAUGCUAAAAUUAUAUAAUUAUAUCAAUAGAAAAGGAAUCUUGAACCAAUUGCAUAAUUACCAUUAAAGUAUAUAAAUUAAGAAUUUAUGCCUAAAGAAUUGAUGCACUUUUAUUUUAAAACACUUCUUAAAAAGUAUUUAAAGGAAAUGUUAAAAACAAAUAAUAAAUAAAGAAAUGCCAAUCAUUAUAUUCAUUAUGCUGCUAUCUUAUUUAAAAUAGGAUUAAACAAUUUAUCACUUAAACAAAUAAAUAUUUUAUUAUUUAAUACUAAUUUUAAUAAACAUAGUAGAUCUUUUGCAAAAGACAAUUAGAGUGAUUAAAUUAAAUCACUAAAUACUAUACAUCCUGGAAAUAAAUCUUCAUUUAGUAGAUCAUCUAAAUCAUAAGAAGUAUAGGAGGCAGGAAAUUAAUAAAUAAAUAAAACUAAUAAAUUGUUAGCAACUACUGGAAAUCAUACUUUAACUUUUUAUUAGAAUGUUAGAGUUAUUAUCUUAAGAGAAAAAGUAAGAGAUAAAUUAAAAUAAUAAUUUCAAUACAAAGAAAUAAAUGGAGAUUCUUUUGGAUUAUAAAAUGCCAUAGAGAUGUUCAUUAAAAGUGAAAAGAGAAAUCAAAAUCUAAAAGAUCAAGUUUUAAAUUUAGUAAAUUCUAAAUUAUAAUUUUUCAUCUAAUUACAACAAGUCAAACAUAUUAAAUUAUCACAAUUAUUUAAAGUUUCAAAAGAAUUAUGUUUGAAAGUAGAAACAUUAGAAACUAAAUUAUUAAAGCUUUAUAAAUAUUUCCCAAGUCAAAGAAUUCAAUCUCUUUAUACUUAUUGUUAAGGAGAGAUAUUUGAUAACUAUUUAGAUGCCCAUAAAAUUACAUGUAAUACAUCUAUUUCUGAUGAAAAAUUAAAUAAUUUACAUAAUAACACAGAUGCUUAAUAUACAUUAUUUAAUAAAGAUCUAAUUUAUAUAAAUGUUAAACUAUUUGAGGAAACCUAAGAAUUAUUAAUCUAAAAUAUAACACCAAGAGUCUGCUAAUUUUUCUAAAAAACUUAUGAUGAUUUUAGAAUUAAUAAUUCAAUAGAUUAUUUGAUUCCUUCAGCUAUUAAGAAUGAACACUCACUUUUAGUAUAAAGAUUCCUAUAAACAUCAAUAUCAAGAUUUUAUUUAAAAAAGAAUAUUAAUUUUUACAGAAUUUAAAAUGAAAUAAUUAAACCAUGUGAAUUCUUUUUUGAAGUCAAUUUUAGUGAUAUUACGUAAAUAUAAUUUUUAGCUUUCUUUUAUGAUAAUUUUUAAACAUCAGCUUUUAUAAUGGUUGAUGUAAAUUAUUAAUUAGGAGGAAUAACAUAAAAUUUAUUAGAUAAAUUAGGAUACACAAAUUAUUAUUUAGAAAAUAUCCAAUCUUAAUAUAUAAAUCAAGUACCAAUAGAAUUAUUAAUUCCUAAUUUUACAUAACUUGUUAAUCAAAAAGAAUUAUUAUAUGUAACUGAAUUUAAGUUUUUAAAAUAAUCCAUUCUAAUCAAUCAUUUAGUUACUGAUGAAUAAAGAAAUAAUACUAAAAAUAAUUUUACUGAAUGGCAUAAUCAAGAUAAUUUAAUUCAUUGUGAAAGUUUAAUAUCAAUUAAUUCAAGAGAAUUAUUUGGUUUUUCUUAUUUUAUCAUAGAAAUCAAAGAAAUAAAGACUGAUUUUGUGUAUAAAUAGUAAGCUUUAGAUAAAGAUUGUAAUUCUUUUGAUUAAGCUUUUUCUUAUAUUUCUGAUUAAGAAGCAAUAAUAAACUCACCUUUUGUGCUUAAAAUUGAUUAGACAAAAUUUGAUGUUUUUAAUAGAGAUGUAAAUUAAAUAAUAGUUUAAGGUGAUAAUGAUAAAUGGUAAUAAUUUUAUCAACCAGAUUUAUCUCAUUAUGAAAUAAAUUUAAUGAGUCCUAUGGAUUUAAGUAUGAAUCCAAUUGCAUUAAAUUCAGCUAACCCUCUUUUAAAAAUUAGAUAAUAAGAGUUCUUUAGUUUUGUAGGUGAAUAAUAAAAUGGAGCCAAUUCUUUUUCAUCAAAAAUUCAUUUGGGUAAAGCUUUCGAAAUAUAAGAAGAUGAAAUAAUUAAUAAACCAUAAAUUAGAAUCAAAGGAGAUGAUACUAAUUCUUCUUCUUAUGCAGGUGCUAAAAAAUCAAAGUUUUUUAAAAAAUAUCAAAUGUAUUAAUAAGUAAUAACACCACAUAAUCCUAAAUAAUUAAAAUUACUCAUAAUAUUAUUGAUUUGUUAAUUUAUCAUAGGAAGUAUACAUUUCUUAAUCAUAAUGACUAAAAAUUAAAAUGAUCUUAAUUAAUUCAUUUCAGAAAUUGAUAUGAUUGAAUUACAUAGUAGUUUCAUGGCACCACAUGAUAUUUUUGUGUCUAUGAGACUUGCUAUUAUAUCUUAUAAUUCUUAUGUGAAUGAAGGAGCAAUCAAUUAAUCACAAGCUAAUACACUAACUUAACCAUUCUAUGAUAAUAUUUAUAUUGGAUAUUAAGAAAUUAAAGAAGUUUUUAUUAAAUAAUUAACAAAUCAAAAUUUAUAACCUUUUUUUGAAAAUAAAACAAUAGAUAUGGUAUUCAUGGAUGCUAAUACUAGUGAUGUUUAUAGCAAAACAUUAAAUAUACGUGAAGCUUUCUAAUAAAUUAUUUAAAAUUUAUAUUAGUAUAAAUAUAGAUAUGAAAAUCGAAUGAGUACAUCAGGAAGUGCAAUCCAAGUCUUUGGAGUUGCAAAUCAAUUUUAUUUACAUAAUUGGUUAGAGAUCUUAACAAUAGAAAUUCUAGAAUACUCAAAAUAUCGAAGUGAAUCAAUUACUAAAGAUUGGAGUGUUAUUUGGAUUACUUUUAUUAUAAUAACAAUUAUAUUAACUCUUACUGAAAUUUAUUAUUAUAGAUAAUAUAAUCAAAGGUAUGAUAAAUAUUUAGGAAUUUUUAAAUUUUGUAAUUAAAAUAAAUUGUAAUACGAGAUUGAUAGAUACAAGAUAAUGCAAAGAUCUUUAUAAAAAAAUCCAGAUCAAAUAUUUCUUUAUAAUUUUGACUUAAAUCAAAAAGAAUUAUAAUUAAUUACAUAAGCCAAAAUUUAAGAUGCUUUAAGUAAGAAAAACAAAGAUUAAUAAAGAAAUAUUUAAUUCUAAUAUGAAUCAGUAUCCAUAAUUCUUGGAACAUCCUUAAUUAUUGGAAUUUGGAUGAUAUUCUUUGGUUUAAGUAUUAUAAUUUUCUAAGGAUAAAUGACUUAUUUAAAUAAGUAUUCUGAUACUGUUGAUAUUUAUAAGUUGAUCUAAGAUAUGACAUAUUCAUCAGCUACAUUAUAUUAGAAUAGAGAAUAUCAUUUUAUAUUUAGUAAUUUUACUUAUUUGACUCCAAAAGAUGAAGAAUAUAUUUUUGAUUUAAUUUAUUCUGGAAUUGAUAACAUAGAAAAGUUUAAUAUAUUAUGUUCAUCUUUUGAUUAGAAUGAAUACUAAGUGAAUGAUGAUUUUGUUACAUUUUUUAAUUAGAUUCAAAAAGAAUCAGUUUGUGAUAUACUUACAUCUGAGUAGUUGGCUUUUUUGAAAGAUUUUUGUUCAAUUUCAAUUUAAGGGAAUUUCUUAAAAGGGGCAAUUGCUGCAUUGAAUUUUAUGAAAAAUCAAAUUAGAACAUAAAUUGUUGUGAAUAACUUUACUAAAAGAUUAGAGUAUCCAUUAUAUGAUAAUGAGGCUGGUAUUAUAAUGGUUAGAGUAUUUUAGUUGAUGACUUAGAAAUUAAAAUCAAGCAUGUUAGGUGUUACAACUGACUUAUAAAACAUCUCUUAGGUAAUUUAAAUUAGUAUAAUAAGGUUUUAUCAACGAUCUAUUUAAUAUUUGCAGUCCUCUCAAUUUUAGUAUUGAUAUUUGGAUUCAAAAGAUAUUUAGAAAUUGAAUAUAACAUUGUGAAGAGAUUCAUGUAAUUGUUACCUACUUCUAUCACACUUUUAGAAGAUUAAUUUGAACGGUAUAUGAGAGUGCUAUUAGUAGAAGAAAGUGAAUGA